AUGUUGUUCAAUAAUUCAUCUUUUAAAUUCAUCUGCAUAUUCAUUUUAUCUGUUUUUCAUUUCAUACAACCAACACUCGCUGAUGAAGAAACUAGCGAUGUUAUAAUCACAACAACAUUAACAUCAGACUCAUCAACAAUUGUAACAACUACCAAAUCACAAUCACCAACAUUAGUCUGGGUCACUGGUACUAAUGAAGAAGGUAUCACUCAAACAACACAAUCUGCUUAUACAGAAGUUUUCAAAAGUUUUUACACUUCUGUGGAGGUUCCUCCAAAGGGUUCAAUAGGAUUGGGCACCAUUAAAGGAACUGUUGGAACUCUUAGAAAGUAUCCAAGUUUAACCUUAAACCCAACUCCAACAAAGAGGCAAUGGUAG